AUGUAUUCUCUCAAAGAACUUGAUUUAAGUAGUAAUAACAUAACAGGAUUCAUACCAAAAUCAAUCUGUGAAAUGAGUAAUCUAAUGUCUUUGGACUUGUCUCAUAAUCAGCUAACUGGAAUUAUUCCAACUUGUUUCUCCAAACUCAAUUUCUAUAUAUUUGAUCUGUCAAACAACAAACUUCAUGGUCGACUGCCUCUUCCACCACGAGCUUUUGAUAACUAUCCAUCAACAUCCUUUGAUGUAUCAUAUAAUAAAAUCACUGGUGAAAUCUCAACAGAAUAUGGAAAACGACUUUCUAGUUUUUAUUCCAUCAAUCUAGCUGGCAAUGAACUUUCAAGUUCGAUUCCAUUUUCCAUAUUUUUAAGAGAUUCAGAGUCUUUUACAGAAUAUAUAAACCUUUCAAACAACAAACUUUCCGGGGUUAUACCUACUAGUAUAGGGUACUCGCGAUAUCUUAGAUCUCUAAACCUCGGCAACAAUAACCUCACGGGAAAUGUUCCAAAUGAGCUUCAACUACUAAAAUCAUUGUCAUAUCUUCAACUUAAUGACAACAUUCUGGAUGGUCCUCCUCUUAGCUUCAUCAGUAAGCUUCCAGAGUUGCGAGUUCUCAACUUAGCCAAUAACCACUUCGAAGGCAGUAUACCCAGUGCAUUGGCUUCGGCUAUCCGACUGAGCAUUCUUUCCUUAAGGUCAAAUAAGUUCAAUGGGUCAAUCCCUCAAGAGUUCAGUCAUUUGGUAAAACUCCAAAUAUUAGACUUAUCGGGGAAUAAUCUAAACGGGUUAAUUCCUAGGAAAAUAGGAAACUUAAUGAUGCUAAGAAGUAGACCUAAGGAUGCAUCUUUGCUGACUGGUACAUCUAUGCUAGGUUCAACAAUUGACGUGCAAUUGCAGAUGGUGAUCAAAGGGAUCAUGAUACAGUUUAAGAAACUGUAUGCAUAUAGUUCUGGGAUUGAUCUAUCGUGUAACAAUCUUGAAGGCAAUAUCCCAGAAGAGAUUGGUCUACUGAAAGGGCUUUCCACACUUAAUUUAUCACACAAUUGCUUUUCCAGCGUUAUACCACAAAGUAUUGGAAGCAUGAAUGGUUUAGAAUCCUUGGAUUUGAGUUUCAACAAAUUAACUGGACUUAUCCCAUACUCUUUAGCAUCAAUGAAUUCUCUUGAGAGACUGAACCUAUCUUACAAUAACUUGAGUGGUAAGAUCCCAAGAGGACCACACUUUGAUACAUUGAGUGGAGAUGGUUCAGCAUAUCUCAACAACAGUUUGUUGUGUGGCUUCUACACAAAUAAUACUUGCGAGGCUGAUCAGAGAACUGACGCUACUGAUGGGAAUUCUCCAAAUGAAGAUGAUAAAGAUAAGUUGUUGUUGCUCUAG